AUGGUCGAUAGUGCUGCGCGACGCGGUGAGAGGUCCACAUGGUUCCACUUCGACAUGUCACUGCUAGCAGCUCUGCUGGACCGGUGGCAACUGGAGACGCACACCUUCCACCUCCCGGUUGGUGAGAUGACCCUCAUACUGGAGGACAUCUCCAUGCUACUUGGUCUUCCCUGUGCAGGGUCCGCCAUAGCCGCGAUGGACGUCCCGCCUACCUGGCGUGAUGAGCUGCUGGGUCGGUUUGCGGAAGUUCACCGCGUAGAUGGUGCCUCGUCGUACCGCACUUUUAGCUCCACACACGGGCCCACGAAGGCAUGGCUGCAGCAGUUUAGUGCCGAGUACUUGAGAGCCAACGCCGAUGACGCCAUAGUAGCGCGACACUUGGAGGCGUACCUAUUGUGGCUCUUCAACUGGAUCUUGUUCUGCACAUCGCAGGGGAACUCGGUGCCUAAGCACCUUCUUCCUUACGCGAGGGCCAUUGUGGAGACGCUCAAUGAGGUUCCACAGUACAGCUGGGGUUCAGCUGUAUUGGCGGCCACCUAUAGGGGCCUUUGCACGGGUUGCUGCAAGGGUUUCAAUAACAACGACGUCGACAGGCCCACGAUGGGGUCGUUGUGGUGCCCGAGGAAGGGAAUAUGGGUGGGGGUGCAGAUGAAGUAG